GUAGUUCGUUCCCGCCCUAAUGCCACAAAAUGUUCAAUUAGGAAUUCCGAUUUUCAACGUAGUUGCAAUUCUCAAACAAAUUUGGUUUCAAUCUCUACACUUUCAUCUGCAAUCGAAGAUCGGUGGUGACUGUUAGAGAUACAAUCGUUUCUGCUUCUCCUGUUGACGACGCGAUGGUGAAGGAAUCAACACCGCCUAAUUCAAGAGCUAAUCUGAAGAAGCCUCCAUGGCAGACUGUUCUCACUUUUUUCACCAAAAACUACGCCCUUCUAUUGGUAGUACUGCUUUUGUCUGAGACGAUUCUGCGGUUGCUAUUUGGGAACAAUGACGUUUAUCCUUUAGGGCUCGAUAGACGGACUGCUGAGGAAACCAAGUCCCUGUUACAUACGACAACCAAGAUGAUGCAGGUUCAGAUUGAAGCUGUGGACAGAAAAAUCGAGAAAGAGAUCGAAGAUUUAAGAAACGAAUUGAGUGAGAGAAUAGACGAGAAUGAUUUCUUCUAUGGGGCCAGAUUGCGUGAUUUUGGCGAAAGGGUUGAUAGUAUUGGGCGAUCAUUGAUUAGCGAGGAAAGGUUAUGGAAAGAUGAAUUCAACAAAAGUAUAGAGAAAUUAAAGUUCAAAAAGGGGAAGGAUGAAGGGGAUUUUAGGUUGGAUGAAAUGAAGGGUUAUGUGAAGGAGAUGAUUGAGAAGGCAAUCGACAAUCAUGCUGCUGAUGGACUUGGUACUAUUGACUAUGCGGUUGCUUCUGGUGGAGGAAUGGUGGUGAAACUCUCUGAACCCUACAAUUUGCAAAAUGCGAUUCAUCUGUUUGCUCUGAAGAUUCUGCAACCUAGUUUUGGUGAACCUGGUCAAUGUUUGCCUCUCAAAGGGGACAGUGGUUAUGUUGAGAUCAAAUUGAGGCAAACCAUCAUCCCAGAGGCUAUAACUCUUGAACAUGUUGCAAAGAGUGUGGCAUACGACAGAUCUAUGGCUCCUAAAGAGUGUAGAGUGUUUGGAUGGUUGCAUCCUGAUUCCAAGAAGAUGGUUUUGCUAAGAGAGUUCACAUAUGAUCUUGAAAAAAGAAAUAUCCCACUCACACUUGCAUAUAUCGCUUCAGGGUUCAUGGUUAUGAGCCUGAUUCUCUCUCAUCAUAGAUUCUUCAGACUAGUAAAAAUGAGUCAACUCUUACAAGUGAAGUGAUGAUGAAUAUAUUGGAAUAACAAUGAGAGGUAACUGUAGCAACUUUUGUAGUCAUAUAUUUUGAAAAUAUACCAUAACUUGUAG